AUGAUCAGAAAUAAUGCAUACAUUUUGGUAACCAUAAUAUAUUUUAUAUAUUUUCAGCUUUCAAAGCAAUAUGGUCCAAUUUUUAGAAUUCAGAUGGGGAGUGUGAAAAUGGUGGUUCUCUCGGGAUAUGAAACGGUGAAGAGCGCUCUCGUGGACAGUGCAGAUGACUUUGCUGAAAGGCCUUUUGUCCGAAUAUUUGAAAACAUUAACCACGGAUGGGGUAUCUACGUUAUUAUAAAUGAAAAAGCUAUCAGUUGUACUAUUACAUAUGUUCUUUCUCCUUAGCAUGGUUUGACAUUUUCAAGGAUUUAUUUAAAGCAUUGUUGUAAUAAAAUUAAAAACAAUAUCUUUCAAUGUAUUGGUUAGAAGGCUACAACCUUUAAACCCUCUUUUCAUUCAAUGGGUGAUGAAUGCAUGACAUAUCAGCAGCAAUACAUGCUUCUCCACAGCCACACUUCUCUCUAUAUAUAAAAGGAGAAAAAUAAAUGUUUUUUAAAAAGUGCACUAGUAAUGUAAAUACAUAUUAAUAACAAUCAAAAUGAUAUAUAUAGUGCUAACAUAUUCCACAGUGCUGUACAAGAAAAACAUGUAAUUCUAACAAAACAUAAAUGUAUAAUCUAUUAUAGGCAUUUCUUUUUCUCAUGGUGAGAAUUGGAAAGAAAUGAGACGGUUUACCCUUUCCACCUUACGGGAUUUCGGCAUGGGAAGGAGUACGAUAGAAGAUAAAAUAGUUGAGGAAAUUGGUUUUCUGAUUAAAGAACUUGAAUCCGAAAAAGGUACUAUAUAAAAAUGUUCACUUUUCAGCAGUUUUUACAUUUCUGGAACUGCUUAGUUCCUUAGAACUGUUUCUUAGCAAUUUGGAACAAUAUUAGGAAUAUAAGGUUCUGUCCAUUUGUUUUGUGACCUAGGGCAGUGAUUCCAAACCAGUCCUUAAGGCAAAUAUGAUUUAGUCAUUUCACAAAUAUGUUCCGUUCCUGCAAAACCUGGGUUGUUUGUCUGCAAUUUGCAAUGCAGGGUGAUGCAUCUGGAUCACUUAAAUAAUGCUAUUGCCAUCUUCACUCAUUAAUGAUAUUGCCCUUAUUACUCAUAAUGACCCUCCAAAGCCUCCAACAGCAUCUUCAUCAUGAAGACUACAGUUGUGGUGAGUGAUAUUGUGUAUUGGGGGAUGGUGGCUGUAGUGGGGGGAUAGGGGAUAUAGUUGGGUGAUAUGGUAUACAGUGGGUCGGUAGUGGCUCUCGUGGGUGGAAUAGUGGCUAUAGUGGGGAAAUAGGGGCAAUAGUGGGGUAUACGAGUAUACCCGAGACAUAGGGUUGAUAAUGUGGGGAUGUGGCUGAAAUGGGGGUGGUUACUGUUUGUAUUGGUAAAAAAAUUAAACAUUUUAAUUAAACUAAAAAAAAUAAACUGCAGUUUAUUCCCUUUUCCUGAGGCUAACUUUUUACCCCCGUGUGAGUGUAGACAGGUGAGGUAAAAUCUUUGAUCUCCCCUCUUGCCAGGCAGUCUUUUCUCCUGCCAGCAAGCCCAAGACCGUGGUCUGAGUGGCCAUAAGGCCAUGAUUCCCAGCUUGGACCUUUCUUCCUAACAUUCUUUUUACAUUCUGAUUGAGCACAGCACCAGAGGGCCCCUCCUCUUGGUGGUGGAUGGAGUUCAUUGUGUCAUUUCCUUUUGUGUGCUUAGCUCUCAUUUGUAUAUCAUGUUCCCUACUUCUGUCUGUUUCAGUUCUCUCCUCAUGCUCUCUCCUUCCAGUCGAUGUUUGCCCUCUCAUUAUUUAAACACUCCAUCUCUCAAAAAUCUUUCUCUUCAUAAUUAUAUUUUGUGGGUAUUACUGAAAUAUAUGAACAGCAAUUAAUACAAAAAAAAAAAAAAAACUGUUUUACUCUUAUGUUGUGUUAGGUAUAAUAUUUAAAACAACUGAUGUUUAAUUAUAUAAUCCUACAUGUUUAUCUUUAAGAAUAAAAUCAUGAUGACAAUAACACACAUGAUGUCACCAGUGUGAAAUGUGUGCAUGCUCUGCAUCAAGUUGCAAAAUCAGGAUAAAUGAGAAUUUGCACACGUAUUGUUUGGAAAUUAAUUUUGUCACCAUUCAAAUCCUCUACAAUGUAAACAGGUACUGCUAAUAUUUAAUUUGUAAAAUAUAAUUAAUUAUAUUAACUUCUACGCACGUUUGUGUUUUUUUAUUGAUAGGAAGGCCAACUGACCUAGCUAUGAUAGUUAACUUGGCAAUUGGAAACAUAAUAACAUCAAUUGUGAUGGGGCACCGUUUUGACUACCAGAAUCCCACAUUACUUAGACUUAUGCAUCUUGUAAAUGAAAAUAUGAGGCUGAUUGGGUGUCCUUCUGUACAGGUAUUUUUUUUUUCUACUGCAUUGGUUAUAGUGCAAAGAGAGACCUGGCACCCUCAAAAUGUAAGUUGUCAAAUUAUAUGCAAAUGGUUUAACAAGUGACCUGGGUUGUGCCAUGAUCCGUCAUCACUCCCCUGGUGCCAGGAGCUCCUGUUAGGAGCUUCCAUUAGCUCCACCUAGAUAAGCCCUGCUGUGUAAGGGUGCCCCAGCAGCUGUAUUAAAAGCUUUUUUUUCAGUGCUAGACAUUUGUCCCCAGAUCAAUUGUCAAACUUUUCUCAAAUAGUUCAUCAACUUAACCGGAAAGAUUGCCAAGUUAUUCCUGGAAUCAUCACAACCUUGAGGUGUAAGAAUUAUGGUGCGUGGAUUGUUGCUUUAACAGCUUUUUCAAAUGUUACUCUUGGUGUAUAUAACCGAAACAAGUUAUCAUUUUGUCAAGAGCCCAAAUGCAUGUGAAUAUGUGUGUCAUUAUUAUAACUCAAUAUAAUGAAGGUAGUAUUUUAAAUAAUAUUAUAAUUAUUAUUAGCAUGUAUAUAGCACUAACUUUUUGCUCAGUGCUUUACAAUGUUGCAAAGUUGACAACUUCACUACUGUAAAUUUUCUAAUACAUGCUACUCUAUAUUUUUAGAGAUAUAAUGUGUUCCCACUGUUACGAUAUUUUCCUGGUGACCAUCUAAAAGUCAAACAAAAUAUUUCAGAGCUUCACUCCUUUCUUCAGAAAACCUUCCUACAGCAUCUUAAGGACCUGGAUAGGGAUGACCAAAGAAGCUUUAUUGAUGCUUUCCUUGUCAAACAGAAAGAGGUAACUUCAAAGAUAACUUUCUAAUCCAAACUAAGUGAUCUUAUUGUGAUGACCAAAGAGUAAAGUGAGUGGAAAUGUAUAGACAGAAGCAGACCAUUUUAAAAAAAUUAUUGUCUAUUUAUAUUUUGGUAUAAGCUUAGUGUGUGAGUUUUUGUAUGCACUAAACCUUCAAUUUACUGGACACUGUCAUUAAAAAUGUGUAUUUCUAGGUAAAAGUUAUGCAAAAAAUGGUAUUUACCAGUAUAUUCUAGACUAAGAUUCAUUUUGGGCCAAACUGGGAUUUGGUCAAAUUGUAGUCAAUCUAGUGGUCAACCGAAAUCCCCAUUUCUGAGCCACGUCUUGAGGGAACCAACAUGUUUGCUUUGGUUUUUGGUUUAGAGUGCAAUGGAGAAUAGGCUGUUUUUUGUGUGUAGUGGCAAAUAAGCAGCUUAGUUUCUCAUGGUGGACUAGAGGUCUGCCUAAUCAUGUGGGCUAGAUCUCCUGUCUAAACAAGUAGUAGCAAAAAAAAAGGAUGAUUGAUGGUUAGGGGACAGCCACUACAUAUUUAUUGUAUUUACAGAUGAAGGGAAGUGACCAAUCCGGGGGAGGGUGGGGAGGUUCUGAGAGUUUGAACUUCUCUUCCUCUGCCAUGAGGGCUGCUGACAACUCUGCCUCCUUCACCUCUGCCACCACUAUCAGUAUUAAUAGUAUUAGUAUGGGGUAGCGGGAUUAGCAACAUGUAUAUUAUGUCCUAUUCAACAUGCAUGAGGCAGUUGAUUUUUUUCCUUUCUUUUCAUACUAUAACAACUUGUGCUGUCACUUUUACUGGCACAGCUGAUCCUUCUGCCACAGUACUUCAAGUGUUAUACCGUCUUGGUUUUCUCUAAUAAGCAACUAAGCGACAAUGCAAGGUGCAAAUUAUAUGGCAAAGAAGUGAAUAGGGAACAAGAGAAGGGUCAUCUCACUAGUUCUUAAAUAAAGCAACAACUACAAAGAUAAACAAGUCUAUAUUACUGAGAGAAUAAGCAGUAAAAGAAAGUAUUAGGACAGGCAGCAGGAUCAGGUGCUAUCUGAUCCUGGACAGUUGUCACAACCUACCACCAGUGCUACCUUCUACACUGCUUAUGCAAAGCUUCCCCAUACAUCCAGUAUGGUGGUUGACUGUCUUUCAGUGUAGCAAAAAACAGUGCCCUAUCAUCAGUGACAUACUCACAAUCCAUGGGGCCCCGGUGCGAAACUGAUCCGUGGGCCCCCCCUCCCUAUUCCCCCCACUUCCACCUGACACACACAGACACACAUACACACACACAUAUAUACACAUACAGACAGAUACAUACAGACACAUACACACAGACACACACAUACAUACAAACAGACAGGCACACAUAUAUACAUGCAGACAGACACACACACACACACAGACACAUACAUACAAACUGACACACACAGACACAUACAGGCACACACACAGACAUACAAACAGACAGACACACACACACACAAGACGCACAUACAUACAUACAAACAGACACAGACAUACAGGCAGACACACGCACACAGACAUACAGGCAGACACACACACAGACAUACACAGACAAGCACACACACAGACAGACAAAAACAGACACACAUACAUACAAAGACAUACAAAGAAAUACAAACAGACACACAUACAUACAGGCAAACACACACAGACAGACACACAUACAGACAGACAGACAGACAAAUACAGACACGCAUACAUACAAACACACACACACAAAAUGUUUAAGUCACUCUCCUGUUUUCUACCUUUUAGGUGCAGAAGGGUGACUGGGGUCCAGUGGUGGCUCAGGUGGAUGGGAGUCAGAGUUCACACUCUGACUCCCUGAUCUUCCUCCCCCUCGGGCUCUCUCUAUGCUGGGAGGAGUGAUGUGCGGUAACUUCCUCCCAGCUCUGUGUGAUCUUAUCACAGGGGGCCCGGCCGCGCUGUUAAAGCGACCAGCGCUGACUGGGCCUCCUGACAAUCCAUAUCCAUCGGGUGGCCCUGACAGAAUGGGCCACCCGAUGGACACCUUGGACAGCGGCCCCGGCAGUUUGCCGUGUGGGCCGGGGCCGCAAAAGAUGAUGGCGGGUACACGGUCGCAGAGGGCCGGUUGCAGCUGCGAGCCAUGUGAACGCGGUAUGUACGCUUAUUUGUACGCUAUUUGUUUUCCUAAAAAUAAUAAUAAAAAUAGCAUAAAUUCUAUUUUAUGUAAUCUCGUAACUCACUAUUUAGUGAAUACAAGCCAGUGUUGCAUACACAUUAGCUACUAUGUCUCUUAAUUUACUUUAUUUUACUAGUAAAAUGAUGUGCUCAAAUGCAUCUUGAACUUGAUAUGGUUUCUACAUUUCAUAUUAAAGACAAAAAAAGGAAUUAGAGGCACACCCAGAACAUUUGCAUCUCAUAUUAAGUCAUACUUUAAUAUAUAAAUAUGAAUCACAUUGUGACAAAGUAUUUGUAUACCUUUGCAUGUCAUAAUAAUUUACCCAAAUUGAACUAAUAUAUAUUCAUGGCUAAUUAUCAUUUGAUCCUUCUUGUUUAUUUUCAGGAGGAAGCCAAUCCCAAUUCUCAUUACCAUGAAGCUAAUUUACUAAGUGUCAUUACAACUUUGUUUAGUGCAGGAACAGAGACUACGGCUUCCACAAUACGAUGGGCCAUUUUUUUCAUGGCAAAAUACCCUGAUAUUCAAAGUAAGAAUUCUUGAAAUUUCACUAAAAAAACAAUGAUUCAGUUAACUGGUGAUAAAAUUAGUUCUACCUCUAGAGUGAUAACAGAUGCCAUUCAAUUUUCUUAGUGCAUCUCUUGGUCAGCGUGGUAGCUCCUAUCCCUAUGUGUUAAAACUGAGCUUAAUGGCUGCAGGUGCAACUUCUUACUGUACAGUAGAUUGGUUAAGCCUGGGUCUCUAAAACUUCAGAUGUUACGAAAUAGCUGCAUUCCAGAAUCGGCAGAUAUCUUCUGCACUGAAUGUCCUCUCAUUUCCAUGAGCUGGAUUUGAAUUAGAAGAGUGGAGGCUGCUCUUCAAAAGUUGUAUACCAGAGGAGAAAUACCACUUUUCAAGUUCAAAAUUUACAAAUCUGUAUAAAACAAAAUAUAGAAGAAAAAACAAAACAAAUCAAAUAUAGAGAAUAGUAUAUAUUUGGUACACUGCAUGGUUACUUACAUUUAGGAAAUAGCACUAUUUGUUAAGAUCUGUAAAUGGAUCUCUUUCCAUUUUGGACAGAGAGAGAGAAAUACAUGUCACCAACACACAUAAAACAAUAGAACUAUCAAAUGAAUGUACAAAAGUAGAGACUACAAAGACAAACAGAAAAAUAAAAAAGUGGUACAUAGAAGGACAACCGGUGAACCAGCAUCAGGAUCAUGAGCGCCCAAGGCUCAUUAAUGCACAUAUGAAGCAGAGGCUAGCUGUCCGAUUACACAGAAGAGCUGAUGUAGCUCAAAUUGGUGAAAAACGUAAUGCUGGCCAAGAUAGAACGUAAUCUUGGGAAUUCACUUUGGGAUGAAAAAGUUUCAUCAAUUUGUCAAUUUUUGUCCAAAAGAAGAAUGCAAAUGGCUAUGAAUGAAACAAAGAACAAAUUGCUUAGUAGGUGAAAUUUCAUUCUUGCAAUUCAUUCUUUCAUUGCUCAUUUAGUUACAAAAAGGGAGCUACUGGCUGGCCUCAUGCCUCAUGCCCUCCCUUAUCUUAAUGUAUAGUACUAUGGGGGUCAAUAUGACCCUCAUAUUACUAUAAGGAGGAUAAAUCCUCCCUUAUUCCACAACCCACCAUGCAGUGAGUAGGGGCAUAUCUAUUUAACUGCAGGCAGCUGGUGGCUGCUCACUGUCAUAAGAAAAGACUAGUGACUGGGCAACUCAGUGGGCAGGAACUGUGGGGACCCUUUGUUCCCUUGUUCAUUUUUUUUAAUAGACUCCCAUUUGUGGGGACAUUGUGGGGACACUAUUCCCCCCAGCUAAUAUUUUUUUAUGUGACCCACCAUGGGGGAUAUGUGCCAAGUCUACCUUUAUUGGAUUAGCAACUGUCAUGGUGGGUUGGAGCAAUUUAACUUACUUUUUUUUACUAAUACUUACAUAUGAAAAGGAAUGGCUUUUUGUAAUUUUGGUCUUUCAGCUUCUUAGUAGGUAGCUCCCUAAUAUUUAUGAAGGAUUGCCAUAAGGAUACCAAAAAGAGCUACUAAACAAUUCUCUAAUUUGAUACAAUUAAAUAUGGCAACCCUACAAGUGUACCAAUUUAUAGACUUUUCUGCUAAACAGCUGGAAGAUGAAGCCAUGGCACAGUUCAGAAUUUCACUAGUCCUAAUGAAAUUCAGGAAUUAAAAUAACGUCCGAAAUUAAUCAAAAAACGAAUAAGCAAAUCAACAAAAUUUGGUUUGGACGAAACUAAUUGUAUUUUUCGUCCGAAUGCAUUUGGACAAAACAAAAAUUUUGGUAGCACCCAUGUCUAAUAGAAAUAAAACAAAUAGUGCAUCACAACUUGCUGUGUAUGAGGCUGCAUAACCACAGGCUGGUCAGAGUGCCCUGGAUGAUUCAUGUCCACCAUGACAGCACAGUCAAUGGGGACGUGAGAGUCAGAACUGGUACAUGGAGCAGUGGAAAAAGGUUGCCUGGUCUGAUAAAUCAUAUUUUCUUUUCGACCAGGUGGAUGGCAGGGUGGUGAGUGUCAUUAAUUGGGGACGCAAUGGCAAGAGGAUGCUGAACAACGUACGCUAGCAGAGGCAGUCUUGUGAUAUGGGAAAUGUUUUGCUAGGAAAAUUUGGGUCCUGGCACUCAUUUGGAUGUUACUUUGAGAUGUACCACCCACAUGGAGUUUUUUUCAGACCUCGUAUACCCCUUCAUGGCAAUAGUGUUCCUGAUGGAAGAUGCCUCUUUCAUCAGGAUAAUGCACCCUGUCACACUGCAAAAAUUGUUCAGUAAUGGUUUGAGGAACAUGACAAAGACUUCAAGGCAUUGCCUUGGCCUCCACAUUCCCUAGAUCUCAAUCCAAUUGAGCAAAUGUUGGAUGUGCAGAAAUAAAUCAGAUCUAUGGAGGCCCCUCAUUGCAGCUAGCAGGACUUAUCUGCUUAUGUCUUGGUGCCAGAUAUGACACCUCUUAGGACAUGUUCAGAGCUCUUGUGUGCCUCGAUGCAAUAACAAAUCAGAUCUAUAGAGGACCCUCAUUGCAGCUGGCAGGACUUAUCUGCUGCAUAUGUCUUGGUGCCAGAUAGGACACAUGAUAGGACAUGUUCAGAGCUCUUGUGUGCCUCGAUGCAUCAGAGCUGUUUUGGCAGCAUGAGGGGGAACCACAAGCAGUUGGUUUUAAUGUUGUGGCUGAUCGGUGCUUUUCAUCACAUGCUUCAAAUACAUUAAUGGAUUUUUUAAAUUUAAAGAUGUGGAGUUAAUGAGAAACAGACUAUUAAGAUUUGUAUAUUCUAUGGCAACAUGCCGUAUAUAAUAAUUUAACAGUUACAUUUAUAAAGUCUUACUGAUCUGUAGAAUUGAUGGCUAUACUGACCAUUGCAGAUGCUGAUGAACUAAAUUUCCUAGAAUUCUCAGCCAGGCCUCAUGUCAACCAUAAUACCCAAGGUCUAAGAUGCAGUUCAAAAACAUGUAAUACUGACAUUAACUUUCAAAGUGCUAUAGUAAAUAUGUAAUACAUAUCCUAAUUCAGUUGGAUAAAUAAGUUUAAUAGGAGAAAAAUAUAGUUUAAAAUGGUAAUGUAUUAUUAUAAUUUAUUUAUAACAUAAAUUCUGUAGAGCUGUACAACAGGUGGACUACCAGGCAUGUAUUUGCAACAAGACAAGUUGGACAAAUAGGAACAGAGGGUUUUGAGGGACCUGCUCAAUUGAACUUACAUUCUAGGGGGAGUGGUGUAAGGUCACACAAACCCAAAAAGUAGGUAUUAGAAUAGUUUACAGUGAAUGGCUAGUUUAUUGGAUGACACAGUUGCAGGAGAGCAAGCAGGGUGCAUUAGCAAGGCGCGGGGAGGGAAAGCUAUUGAAACUUUAAUUAUAUGUUUUUUUAAAGAAGAGAGUUUUUAAUUAACUUUUGAAGGAAUUGAGACUGGGUUAGAGUGAGUGAGUUUUUAAUGACCUUUUGAAGGAACUGAAAAUGGUUUAGAGUUACUGUCAGAGGGGGAGUGGGGAUGUAUGAGGUGCAGACAGACAGGAAGAUGAGCCUUGUCAUGGCAUUCAUGAUAGAUUUUAACAUAUGACCCUUGAAAAUUAAGUUAUUGUAGUCUAGGCGAGAGAUGAUAGUGGCACGAAUCAUCACUUUGGCCACAUACGGCCUUCGAAAGGGGGCGGAUGCUGUGAUGUAUGGGCGGUGGGGCUGUGUAUGAGUGUGUGAGUGUAUGAGUGUAUGUAUUGUGAUGUAUGGGCAUUGGGCAGUUGGGCUGUUGUUGGCUGUGAAUGAUGCACUUCCUUUCUUUUGGUUCUUUACUUCCUGUUCCUGUUGGCAGUUGGUGGAAUGUUCGAGGGAUUUGAAAUGGUGGCUGCAGAAACCCUGUGUAACAAGGCUGCAAUAUGAAGACCCUGUUAUAUAUGUGUUAAUAAAGUGAGUACUUCGUUAUACAGGAAUUAUUGGCUUAUUUGUACAAAACAUCACAGAUGCGAGCUAUGGUUUUGUGAUAGAAGUGGCAGGAUUUGGCAAGUGACUGAAAUUAAACGGUGAAGGAGAGGUUGGAUUCAAAGAGCCUGUAAAGUAGAGUUGUGGUAGUGACACUGACUUGGAGUGAGACAGACACAGGAAUAGCCACACUUGAGGCAGGAAAGAUGAGAAGCUCUGUACAGGUUAAGUUUAAGAAAAUGAGCAGCCAUCCAGUUAAAAAUAGCAGAGAGGCAGUCAGAGACACGAGUCAAGAGGGAUGGCAAGAGAUCAGGAGAAGACAGAUAGAUUUGGGUGGCAUCCACAUCGAAAUCAUAUUAGAAGACAAAAGAGCGGAGGAGUGUACCAAGGUAGGCAAUAUAAAUUGAGAACAGUAAAGGAUCAAGGACAGAACCUUGGGGGUGUAAAAUGUCUAGUGUUUAACCAUUAAUAACAUUGUGUUUGAUUACAUUUAUAACUUGCUUUUUCGAACUUUCAUUAGAGCAUGUACAUGAAGAAAUUGACAAAGUGAUUGGAACAUCUUUACCCAAAUAUGAGCAUCGAGUUAUCAUGCCUUACACCAAUGCUGUCAUACAUGAAACACAGCGCUUUGCAAAUAUUGUGCCAACAAAUCUUCCUCGAGCAACUACAAAAGAUAUAAUGUUUAAAGGUUACUACUUACCACAGGUAAGUAUAUAUAGCAACCUAGAUUGAGUCAAUAUGUUCCAUUGUGUGUAGUGCACAUACUUGUAAAUGUGACAAACAUGGUUAUUCAAGAGCAUUCAAAGUGAAUUCUAAAUUAAAGGCUAAAAUAGUUGGAAAUAGCUGGAACUGUUAACAUUUUCUAAGUCAGUUAUGCGUUCAGUUCCGUUACUCUGGCCUUAAAUAUGAAAUUCACUUUAAAUGCUCUUUUUAGUAAAUAACCCUGUAAACUUUAGCACAAGAUCUUUAUCUUCUUGUAAAGAAAUGGGAUGAUCCACUAUUGGGGCAAGCCCUUCCAAAGUCGAAAGAUGUUCACAUUUUGAGUUGCAGUCAUAUUAGGUGAUUCGAUUUUUUAGAACAGCUGGUUUACAUUGUCUGUCUAUAUUGCUUUACUAGUAAGGACAUUCUUUAAGGGUAUGUAAGGCAAACUCUGAGAAAACUUAUUUAAGACAUAUCAGGUAAUUCAGAAGAACAUUGCUAAAUUCUGACUUGGAUGAAUCUGGCAAUAUAUCCCUCCUAGUGCCUUACACCAUAAUUAGCAAUGGCUGUCCAUGCACUCCCUUUUACAUUCAAAUACACUUUAGUUAAUUUAGCACUAUUUAAUUUGCCUCUCAUGUUAAAAUGAGUGUUAGAACCUACCAAUAUAGGAUCAUGUGGCAUAGUGAUGGGCUUAACAUUUUAUUUUUGUGUGUGUGUGCUGUUCCUUAAUUUGUAUUUUGUAUACAUUUUGGUCUCUACGGCAGCACUAUUGCUGAGAAAUGCAUGUUCAGAGUGUGCCCCCAAUUCCCCUUUCUUCUAAAGAAACACUACAGGCACCCAGAACACUUAACCUCAAUAAAGUUGCCUGGGUGCCAUGUGUCUACCGAUUUAACCCUGCAGCUGAAAACAUUGCCGUUCUGCUGGAAUGGCAAUUUUUCUUUGCAAGGUUAACCUACCUACAGUGGUGCUUCAGCAAAAUAGUGGCAUAAAAUUCCACUAUAUCAAUCAGAUGGUCUUACUGAGCCUCUCCUUGAAUCAAUGAAAGUAUAUUACCUAAGGGAAGGACCUGCUUUUUGGUUACCUCACCUAAUGUGUAGUAGGUGAAAGGUCGAUAAUACAGCUCCCAUGUAAUUCACUAUUGGAAUGGGCCAAAGAAAAAAAUAUCCACUAAACACUAGCCAAUUACAAGUAAAAAUGUAGGUCCUGUAAGUAAAAGUUUACCUCAAGUAUGUGUGACAUGGAUCCUCCAGGUUUGUAGUGGUGAGUAGCUUUUAAAGCCUUGCCAAGAAUAUAACAUUUUAAAUUUUAAUCCUUUAUGGUCUUCCUCUUCCCAUUAUUCAUGUACGUUAAGUGACAAGUUAAUAUACAAUUAGAGGUCCAAUCAGGAUUAACCUAACCUUAGGUGGCUGCCUAGGGCCAAGGAGGUACACAGUGGCCCCAGAAACAUGAACUUGAUUGGUGCUUUAAACAUUCCUACAGGAAGAAUGAAGGGGUAAACCAAAAUAGAUAACUUGCCAAGGGCUCUCUGUGAUCGUAAUCCUUCUCUUGGUAAAAUAGACAUAAGAUCAAAGGAACAAGGCACCACAGAAGCACUUUUUUCUAUGUUAAAGCUAUUUUUAAUCCAGCCAUUGGGCAGAAUAUGUCUAUUUUAUGUUUGUCUUUGUUUUAUAAAUCUCAAUGAGACAUUAAAUUCAUAUACAGUAUUUUUGAUUAAAGUUAGAGAAUGCCAAUUUCCAAGGGUAGAUAAUCUGAAAUCAGAGAGACAGGAGAUAAAGAUACAUGAACUGACAAUUGUGGAUUUCUGAAGUUUUACCUGAGAUGCUAUACUUAGCACCAUUUCGCUGGUAACUAUUUAACAGACUCCAAAGUGCUUUAAAGGAACACUAUAGCUUUAGGAAUAUAAAUGUGCAUUACUAAUGCUAUAGUGCCCUAGUCACCAUUUAGGACUCCUCAAGAGUUAACUUACCUUGUUUCCCACGCAGUACUGCUCUCUCCACAGAUGGUCCCGCCUCCUUGGCUGAGACCAUCCAGAGGCUACUGAGCAUGUGCCGCAAAAUGCCAAGAUGCACCAAUUAGAUGGCUUCUCUAAGACCAUCUGACUGAUAUAGUGGAAUUUUAUGCCACUAUAUUGCUGAAGCGCCACUAGAGGUAGGUUAACCUUUUCAGCUGCAGGGUUCUUCUUUAGAUACAAGGGGAAUUGUGGACACACACUGAACCUGCAUUUCUCAGCAAUGGUGCUGCCGUACAAACCAACAUUUAUGCAAAAUACAGAUUAAGCAUCAGCACACACACAAAAAUAUAGUUUUACAUUUUGAAAGGCUACUUACAAUCACAUAUCUCAGUAAACCAGUACUGGAUUUAGUUCCACCAUAUGGCCAUAAAAUGUUAAGCCCAUCACUAUGCCACAUGAUCCCAUAUUGGUGGGUUCUAACACUAUUUUUAAAAUGAGAGACAAAUUAAAUAAUGCUGAAUGAACUAAAAUAUAUUUGAAUUACCCAUUUGUAAGAGCAUUGUGAAUAUAUUAAUGCAAAAUUAAUGACAAAAAAACCCACAAUUCGAAAAAAAUACAGUGUCAAAACGACAUAAUUAAAAUGAUAGGACUUUGAUGUAUAUACUCAUAAUGCAUAGAAUAUAUCUGCUCUCCAUCAAAUAAAAAUUAUUAUUAAAGUGACAUUGCUAUCCAAAACAACCUCAAAUUAUACUUUACUGUGGUCACCUCCAAAGGGACAUCUGAAGCUGGGGGUCUUGACUCCAAACAAAUAUAGAAGAAAGGGGAAUUGGGGGUAACAUGUGGUAACAUGUACCUUUUAACAUAAUGAGCACACAAGUGUAAUUCACCUGAUUUGCCCCAUUUAGAGAAUACCAGAAUUUCAAUAUUAAGUCAAAUUCAGAGAUUUUUGGAACUUGAAGGCCAAUUUGUAGUUUAAUUAAAAUUGUUACCUGACAAUGUUCUGAACUGGGAAUGCAUUGUCUAAUAUUUUUCAAAGUUGCCAGUAUUCUUCAAAGUUCUCUAGCAUAUAUUGGUUAUAUAGGGCAGCUAAACUCAAUGUAGUUCAUAUUUAGUGAACUGAAUUUAUACCAUUCUAUUGAUGUAUUGGAUAAAAUAGCAAUAAGCUAAAGUAGAAAUAGGAUUAGGUUUUACUCUGACAUUUGUUCAGUUGUGCAUUGAGAAAAUGAAUCGACAAUAGAUCUUAUCCCAAACAAAGCAUGAAGAUUUAAACAAUUAACCAUGUUUUAUUUAGGGAACCUAUAUUAUUCCAUUGCUUGAAUCAGUUUUGUAUGACAAGACUCAGUUUGACAAUCCUGAAUCUUUCUGCCCUGAACAUUUCCUUGACUCAGAUGGAAGAUUUGUCAAGAAUUCCGCUUUUAUGCCAUUCUCAGCAGGUAUUAUUCAUCAUUAAAUUUAACAGAAUGCCAGAACUGAUAGAACACAAAACAGAACACAUACCGUGUUGUAAAAUAAGUUUAAAAAAAAAAAAACAUGUGGCAUUUAUUGUGGUUUUAUCAUCCGGCCUUUUUUUUCUAUUUCUAUCCACAGUUUGUAAAACUUAAUAUGGGCACAUAUAUAUACAACAUGAAUUCCAAAAGUUCCUUGCACUCAAACCAAAAAAUUCAAAGUGCCGGGUGCAGAAAGCCUGGGCCAGUCAAUAUAAAUAAUCAAUAGAGAAGCUUGCACUCAUUGUCUUUAAAGGUUAAAAGGUAAAUAUUUAUUGAAGAUCCAUUAAAAGUAUCAUCAAUGUUUCAGUCCACAUCUGGGACUAUCAUCCUGGAGAAAGUCCCAGAGAAGGACUGAAACGAUGAUGAUACUUUUAAUGGAUCUUCAAUAAAUAUUUACCUUUUAACCUUUAAAGACCAUGAGUGCAAGCUUCUCCAUUGAAUAUAUAUAUAUGUGGCGAAACCGACCUCGCCACUGGGCAUUGGAGAAGACUGAUUGCCAGCCUCCUGCCAUGUGACUAUGGCCCUUGGGAUGUAUUGCCCUUUAAAAACUGAUUUGGGCUUAUGGACUUUUAUUGUACAGUGCUGGCCCUUUUAAAAACAGUGUAUGUACACAUGGAAACUUUUUGGACCCUUUUUCUUCCCCUUUGAAUCCCUGGGAAGGUGAGGCUCUUCCCCUCCCCCAGCUCCAUUGUUCUCCAGCAGGGACUUGUCCCAGGGACACUGCCAGACCAGUGGGAACUGGUUUGGGAAGGAAAAGCCAUGCUUGCAAUUGAUAAUAAAGGGACCUCAACCUAACUUUUUAACCCCUGGAUGGAUUCAUGUGAUUUUUACAUAUGUUGCUCCCCGAGUUAUGCUGAUCACAGAAGUAUGGGAGUGCUUCUACUGUAUACUACGUGUUUAUUGGUUGUUCUGUAAACCCCUGUGGGCGGUCCUGUAUGUGUUAAACCUGCAUAAAAGAAGGCCCUUUGGUGCCAAGUAAACAGAUUCUGCUUAACCCUCAAAACGAAGUGUCGUCUCGUUAUUGGGGGAAUUGGAUUGUAUGCUGACUGCCAGGAGUGUAACCCUUUCGUAUGUUUUUCCUGUUCGGAUAUUUCCAGUGUUCAUGUGUUUCCAUUUCGGGAGAUCGGUGCUUACAGUAGCUGUCGGUGUAUCUGGAAAGGGGAAUAUCGCCUAAACGGUUUUUAACCUCUGGUGAACAAAACGGUCCGUUACAAUAUAUAUAUAUAUAUAUAUAUAUAUAUAUAUAAUAAAAUAGAUGGCUUGGCACUCUCCUUCCUAGUAUUCCAAAUGUGUAUAAUUGCCCGGGUGCAAUCCGCUGUGCAUCCACUAUAUAAUCAAAAAAUAUAUCCAGGGUGCACUCUCAGGUCUUGAGCAAAAAAAGUCAUGUGCAAAAUAAAGACAACCAACGUUUCGACCCCUGCGGGUCUUUUUCAUUUUGCACAUGAUUUAAUAAAUCACUUUUUUUUGCUCAAGACCUGAGAGUGCACCCUGGAUAUAUUUUUUGAUUAUAUAUAUACACACACACAGUUUUGUAAUUUUUUUAAAGCUUAGUGAUAGGCUAAUUCCUUUUUUGCAGAACCUAAUUCUGGUCAGAAUUCACUUGAAUUCCAACUUUAUAGAAUGGCAUUUUUACCACCCACAUUUGAUCCACAUUUGUUCAAUAUAUUUAUGAUUUUGUGCAUUUGGUUACUUUUGAGCAUACGGUUGCAUAUUUUAAGCAUUUAGUCCACUUGAGUACUGGUUUAUGUCUUUAUUAAUUAAAAGAACACAGUUGACACCAAGACCAGUUCAUCUCAUUGAAGUGGUCUGGUUGCACUGUCCCUGUCUCCCUUAGUCCUGCAAUGUAAAUAAUUGUAGCUUUAGAGAAAUAAUGUUUACAUUGCAGUAGUAAGACUGCAUCUAGUAGAUUUCUACCAGGCAGCCUCUCGAGGUGUUUUCUGAAGUUGUAUGAAGUAUGACUCCAUGAAAUGAUGCUGGACAUCCUCAUGUUCUUCAUGAAGACAUCCAGUGUUAGAGAAAAUCUCAUAUUAAAGAAUUGCCUCAAUUUGCAGCAAAUGCGUUUUAGGUUCCCAAAUCGAAUGACGUCAGAGGAAAUGGACCUCGACCCAUCUCAGAGGGUCCAUGGCACUGGAAUCGGAUAAGUACCCUAUACAUCACUGGAGGGGGCUCUAGGGAUGAGGAACACGUUAGUUUUAGGAAUACAUCUUUGUAUCCCUAACACUAAAGUGUUCCUUUAACAAUAUGAUUUCUUUUUUUCUUUAUUAUUUUAUUUAAUUAAUAAAAAAAAUCUAUUUUUUGUGCCGUAGAUGGAACAUUGAAUGUUGAAACAAACAAACAAACCUAUUUGUGCAUUGUCCAUAUCGCUUUUUCACGAAACAUCCACAUGGUGUUUACGGAAUACAGACAACCCACUGAUUGCUCAACAUUCGAACAAACUGCAAUUAGAUUGAAACAAAAUGCACAGGUUUAGUGAGAAAUUACAAAAAGAGAGAAAAAAGGACAGUAAAAAAAACUAUAUAUAUUUAAUAACUGUAAAAUAUUUAAAAUAGAUGCUUACUCCUUUUUUCCCUCUCUGAUUAGUUUUUCUAAUUGGAUCUGUGAAUCAAAUGGUGGGGUAACGCGCCUGUCGUAAUACUGCAAAACAGACACAUGAUAUGUAUAUUUUGCAGUAAACUGAUUGGUCCAUUUUCAAACCUUUUUGAUUUUUCUGAAUUAUAUUCUCUUCAAAAAAUUUUGAAGCCAAAAUGCCACAUGGAUGAAUUUCAGACCUUCCAAACUAAAAAAAUAUUUCAUACAAAUCGAUUAGACUGAAUUGAAUUUUUUUUGCACAAGUCUAUUAAAUUUUUUUUUAUCCUAUUAUAUGUAUAAUGGACACAUGAUCACAUUAAUGCAUUUUCUACAAUUAUUUUAUUAAAAUACCCUAUUCAUUCAUUUUUAGGAAAGAGAGUUUGCAUAGGAGAAACACUUGCAAAAAUGGAGUUAUUCCUCUUUUUUACCAGUCUCAUGCAAAGUUUCAGCAUUCAUCCUGCACCUGGGAACUCAGUUAUCGAAUUCAAGAUCAAGCCGACAGUUGGAUUCACCAGCUCUGCAUUAGCUCCAAAGAUCUGUGUUAUAUCACGCUCAUAA